AUGUCUUCUCCCGCCUCCAGUCGCCGCAGGGGCCGUCCAGCCAGGGACUCGGCCACCGCAUCCCCCGCUCGCUCGACUCGCUCCCAGCAACAGCCCCAGACCAGUAGCCCAACGAGAAUGAAUGAUCCGUCGCAGAUGACUCCGCGGGCCUCGAGACGCCUCAGAGGAGAGGCCGCUGUUCCCUCCUCAUCUCCUAUGUUCUUCCAAUCCUCCCCAGCCCACGGAAACAGCAGCAGCGCCGAAACGCCAGAUGUCAGAAUGGACGAGCCUAGCUCUCCCGUGAGGGCGAUGGAUGGAGAAAUCACACCGCGGGGUUCUCGCACAGCUAUGAGAGAUUCUUCCCCUAUCCGCUACGUCUCCAGUUCUAGUCCUACUCGCGCCCAUAGCCGUCAACUACGUUCCGAUAUUCCUAGCAGCAGUAGCGGACUCUUCAUGUCAUCUCGGUCGUCCAUCGGAGGCCACCGUGGUUCUUAUCGCCGCAAUGAUCUCAAUGGUGGCGGAGUCGGAUCGACCCCGAGUCGUCGGCGCCGGGUGUUCGUGGACGCUAAUGGCAUGCCUGCUGCCGAAGGCGAGCCCCAGUCGGAUGCUACCUUCUCCAACAUUCAUCCCGACACAUCAGAGGCCGAGGCGCUGGGCGGAGGCUCGACUCGUGUUAUCUGGGGUACCAACAUUUCUAUUCAGGACUCCAUGUCCGCGUUCAAAAACUUCCUAUUCAACUUCACCACCAAGUAUCGCUUGUGGGCCGAAGGAGCUACGGAGGAUGAGACCCGCCGAAUGGGGGAUGCCGCCGAGGAGAAGGAAUACAUCAAUAUGCUCAACACCAUGCUGCAGCUCGGUGUCACGGGCCUAAAUCUCGAUGCAAAGAACCUCAAAGCCUAUCCCUCGACAUUGAAGCUGUGGCACCAACUGCAGGCAUAUCCUCAAGAAAUCAUUCCUCUGAUGGAUCAGGUCCUUAAGGAUGUCAUGGUAGAAUUUGCAAUGAAAGAGAUGGAUCGUCUCCGGGCCCAGAGCCAGCGGCAUCAUAACCACGCAAGAGAUCUGAGCUCCGCCCCGCCAGUUCCCAGCUCCGAUGCUAUGAGCGAGACGGGCCGCAUGCCCCAAGUUGAUAUCCCUAACCUCGUCCAAGAAGUGGAACUGAAGACCUUCAAGGUCUUGCCGUUUGGCCUGGAUUCGGCUGUGAACAUGAGAGAACUUGACCCUGCUGAUAUGGAUAAGUUGGUGGCCAUCAAGGGAUUGGUUAUCCGAACGACCCCUAUUAUCCCGGAUAUGAAAGAGGCCUUUUUCCGUUGUCAGGCUUGUCAUCAUGGUCUGCAGGUCGACAUUGAUCGGGGACGAAUUGCCGAACCAACGGUCUGCCCUCGUCCUGCCUGCAAUGAGAAGAACUCGUUUGAACUUAUCCACAAUCGCUGUGCAUUCGCCGACAAGCAAGUCGUCAAGCUGCAGGAGACUCCCGACAGUAUUCCAGAUGGUCAAACGCCCCACUCCGUCUCCCUGUGCAUGUAUGACGAGCUCGUGGACGUCUGCAAGGCCGGUGACCGCGUCGAAGUGACGGGUAUCUUCCGCUGCAAUCCUGUGCGAGUGAAUCCCCGCCAGAGUACGCAGAAGUCCCUCUUCAAGACGUAUGUUGACGUUCUGCACGUGCAGAAGAUUGAUCGGAAGAAGAUGGGCAUCGACGUUUCCACCGUCGAGCAGGAACUGUCCGAACAAGCCGCUGGAGCUUCUGAGCAGGUCCGACAAAUCACCGCGGAAGAGGAGGAGAAGAUUAAGCGAACUGCGACCAGGCCCGACGUGUACGAGCUUUUGGCCCGUUCGCUCGCCCCCAGCAUUUACGAAAUGGACGACGUGAAAAAGGGAAUUCUCCUCCAGAUGUUUGGUGGUACCAACAAGACCUUCGAGAAGGGCGGCAACCCGCGUUAUCGUGGCGAUAUCAACGUGCUUUUGUGUGGUGAUCCGUCGACCUCCAAGUCUCAACUGCUCCGCUACGUGCACAAGAUUGCACCCCGUGGUGUGUACACCAGCGGUAAAGGUUCGUCAGCCGUUGGUCUGACAGCGUACGUGACUCGCGACCCGGAGACCCGCCAGAUGGUUCUCGAGUCUGGUGCGCUGGUUCUCUCAGACGGUGGUAUCUGCUGCAUUGAUGAGUUCGACAAGAUGAACGACUCCACGCGGUCCGUUCUGCACGAAGUCAUGGAGCAGCAGACGGUGUCCGUUGCCAAAGCGGGCAUUAUCACAACGCUCAACGCUAGAACGAGCAUUCUGGCCUCCGCUAAUCCGAUUGGAAGUCGAUACAACCCCCAUUUGCCGGUGCCGCAGAACAUUGACCUGCCUCCUACGUUACUGUCCCGGUUCGACCUGGUGUAUCUUGUGUUGGACCGCGCGGAUGAGCAGGAGGAUCGCCGAUUGGCCAAGCAUCUCGUUAACAUGUACCUGGAAGACCGACCCGAGAACGCAAGCGAAAACGAAGUUCUGCCUAUUGAAUUCCUCACCGCAUACAUCACGUACGCCAAAACGCGGGUGCACCCGGUCCUUACGCCGAGUGCUGGUAAGGCUCUUUCCGACGCAUACGUGAACAUGCGCAAACUAGGCGAUGAUAUUCGCUCCGCGGAGCGUCGUAUCACUGCGACAACCCGUCAGCUGGAAUCGAUGAUUCGGCUGUCGGAAGCGCACGCGCGCAUGCGACUUUCGCCCGAAGUGACAGCGGAUGACGUGGAGGAGGCGGUGCGUCUGAUCCGAUCGGCGAUCAAGCAAGCUGCCACGGACGCACGGACGGGCCUCAUCGAUAUGGGUCUGUUGACGGAGGGCACCAGUGCGAGCGAGCGUCGGCAACGCGAGCAGCUGAAACGCGGCGUGCUCGGGAUCAUUGACGACCUGGGCAGCGGCGGCAAUGCCGUUCGGUGGGCGGAGGCGUACCGGGUGUUGAACGAGCAGAGUAGCGCUCAGAGCGCGGGAGGCAUUGACGGUGCGCAGUUUGCGGAGGCCAUUCGCGGACUGGAGACCGAGGGAAUGAUCAGUGUGUUCGGCGAUGGUGCUCGAAAGAGCAUCCGGCGCAUUGGAGGUCGGCUUCUGUGA